CUGCAGCUCCGCGGGCGGAGGGGGAGGUGAAGACGCAGCUGCAACUUAGCUUGGAGCUCGGGCGCCGCGGCGCAGCCGGGGAUCGAGCUGCCGUCACCGCGGAACCGCUACUUCCCCAGCCCGGGCCUCAGCCCAGCCGGCUGAGAACCAUGGCAGCUGCCACCACUGCAGCCAACCUGGCCCCGACGCUCCCCGCCCGUCGCUGAGCGGCCGUUAAGCCGCCCGUGCUCUCGCCAGCCGGUGCUGCCGCGGCCCAGACUGCGCACAAGUUUCCGCCGCCGAAGCCGGAGGCGAGACCGCGGGAGGACGGACGUGGGGAGCCGGGCGCCCCCGGCCCACCCGCCCGCGAUGUGGGGCCGUUUCCUGGCUCCGGAGGCCAGCGGCCGGGACAGCCCAGGCGGAGCGCGCAGCUUCCCGGCGGGCCCAGAUUAUUUAUCAGCAUGGUUACCUGGUAAUGAAUCAUUGUGGCAGGCUACAACUGUUCCACCAAACCAUCGAAAUAAUCGUAUCAGGAGGCACAGUAUAGCUUCUGACAGUGGAGACACGGGCAUCGGCACUUCGUGCUCUGACAGUGUGGAAGAUCAUUCAACCUCAAGUGGCACGUUAUCUUUUAAGCCUAGUCGAUCAUUGGUUACUCUUCCCACUGCCCAUGUGAUGCCGUCUAACUCCAAACAUCGGGAAUCAUUAGCACCAGGUGGCUCAAAAUGGAGUACAAGCCUUAUGCAAACUUUGGCAGACCACAGUAGAGGUGAUCAGGACUCUUCUCUAGACAUGAAAGAUUUCCGGCCCCUUCGGAAAUGGUCAUCUUUAUCCAGGCUCACUGCCCCAGACAGCUACAGCCAGGCCACCACUGCAUACACAGACGAGCUGAAGAAUGGUUUGGAAAAGACAGGGAGGGGCAAGGCUCUCACAUCACAAUUGAGGACUAUUGGGCCUAGCUGCUUACAUGAUAGCAUGGAGACGCUGAAGCUGGAAGACAAGGAAAUAAAUAAAAAACGGUCAUCAACUCUGGACUGCAAGUAUAAAUUUGAGAGCUGUAACAAAGACGAUUUUAGAUCUUCUUCCUCUGCUCUUAGAAGACAGACCUUGGACAUGACAUACAGUGCCUUACCUGAGAGCAAGCCCAUUAUGACAGGCUCAGAUGCAUUUGAAUCUCCAAAAUACUUAAUGCUUGGACAGCAGGCAGUAGGUGGAGUUCCCAUUCAGCCUUCUGUGAGGACUCAGAUGUGGCUAACAGAGCAGUUACGGACAAACCCUUUGGAAGGGAGAACUACAGAGGAUUCUUACAGUUUAGCUCCUUGGCAACAACAGCAAAUGGAGGAGUUUCGACCAGGAAGUGAAACCCCAGUACAAGUUUUGACUGGAUCAUCUCGUCGGAGUUAUUCACCUGGCUUUCAGGAUUUCAGUAAGUGGGAAUCUGUGCUGAAAAUAAAAGAAGGACUUCUAAGGCAAAAAGAAAUUGUCAUUGAUCGGCAGAAGCAACAGAUUACUCACUUGCACGAGAGGAUAAGGGAUAAUGAACUGCGGGCACAACAUGCCAUGUUAGGACAUUAUGUGAACUGCGAAGACACUUACGUGACUGGUCUGCAGCAGCCACAAUAUGAGAAUACUUCACUCCAAACUCAGUUUUUAGAGCAGUCAGUGUCCCAGCCCCCACAAAUGGAGCUUGAGCAAAAGCUUGCAUCCUCGGAGAAAGAGGUUUUACAACUCAAUGAGUUCCUCAAACAAAGGGUAAACCAAUUUAGUGAAGAGAAGAAAAAACUGGAAGAAAAGCUUAAAACAAGAGACAGAUACAUCAAUAGCCUGAAAAAGAAAUGUCAGAAGGAAGCUGAACAAAACAAAGAAAAGCAGAGAAGAAUUGAGACCUUGGAAAAGUACCUGGCUGAUCUUCCAACUCUAGAUGAUGUGCAGCGUCAGAGCCUACAGCUACAGAUUCUAGAAGAAAAAAACAAGAAUUUACAAGAGACUUUGACAGAUACAGAAAAAAAACUUGAAGAACUUAAAAAACAGUGUCAGGACAAAGAAGCACAGCUAAUAUGCCAGAAAAAGAAAGAAAAGGAGCUAGUAACCUCUGUUCAAAGUUUACAACAAAAAGUAGAAAAAUGCCUUGAGGAUGGAAUCCGUCUUCCCAUGUUAGAUGCAAAGCAGCUUCAGAAUGAAAAUGAUAAUCUCAGAGAACAAAAUGAGACUGCUAGUAAGAUAAUCGAUAACCAACAAGAUGAAAUGAACAGAAUGAGUUUAGAAAUUCAGUCUAUGCAAGAGAAACUUUCUAAAGAGAAAUUGACCACACAAAAGAUGAUGGAAGAACUAGAAAGAAAAGAAAGAAACCUACAGAGAUUAACAAAAGCACUACUUGAAAACCAAAGACAAACAGAAGAGACGAGCUCUUUACUGGACCAGAGCCAGGAACCAGACCAGUCUAGGCAGCAGACUAUUCAUUCUAAACGGCCAUUAUUUGAUUUGACUGUGAUUGAUCAGCUGUUUAAAGAAAUGUCCUAUUGUUUGUUUGACUUGAAAGCACUGUGCAGUAUUCUUAAUCAGCGAGCUCAGGGCAAGGAGCCUAAUCUUUCAUUAUUACUGGGAAUCAGAUCAAUGAACUGUUCAGCUGAAGAGACUGGAAAUGACCACAGUCCAGAAACACUCAGUAAAAAACUGUCAGAUGUGUGCCAGUUACGGAGGGACAUUGAUGAAUUACGGACUACAAUAUCAGACCGCUACGCUCAGGACAUGGGAGACAACUGCAUAACCCAGUGAUUGAGUGUUGGUCCCACAGCAAUAAUGACCCAUUGUUAAAUGCUGCUGUGUUAUGGUUCUUCAUAUUUCAUUUUAGGAGUUAUAAUGUAAAAAUUCAAGUGACACAAAUUGAACAUAGGGUUUUUUUGUGGAAUUUUGUUUUUUAUUGGGGAAGAGGAAGAUGUAAGGAGGUUUAGAAGAGACUUACCUAAUCAGGCAAAACAAUCAAGUUACCAUUUGAAUAUUAUAAAGUAUACAAGUAUACAAAAUAUUAUAAAGUAUACAAGAAAAACAUCUGUAUUCUCAAACUACUGAUUGUAGGACCAAUGUGAAGAUUGCCCUUCAGAUAAAGAGAUAGGAUUUCAUUUAUUCCUAUAGUUUUGUGUGUUUGUAUAUGCAUGUACAUGUGGAGUUUGUGGGCAUAUGUAUAUGUGCAUUAUUCACAAAAUAAUAAGGAUUUAAAGGGUAAAGGAGAGCUUUUGAAAAAGACACCUAGUUUAUUCUUACAGUUUUUUCAUAGAGUAGCUUGUAUUAUAUUUUGAGAUUUUUCAAGGGCUGGGUAAAGAAGAGUCCCAUCAGCAGGCAAGUGUUCUAAUAGAAGUACAGUAGGCAAAUGGAGUCAGGUUGAUUAGCACAGUUUAGUACAGUAGAUAGGUUGGCUAUUUUUCCAGAGUGACUAUGCAUUGCCUUAGAGGUGUGAAAUUUUGACAUGAUGAUUGUUUUCAUUAAUGUUGUAACUUAUGUAUUAUAGGGAAAUUUAACCGAAUUUGCACUAAUUUUAACAUGCCUCUUACAUGUUCUGUCUUCUAAGUCCUCAGAUCAUUAUUGUAAAAGAAAGAUUGACAACUCUGGAACAAUAGCUUAUUUAUCCAAAUCCCCAUAUUUCCAUUAGAACAAUAUUGUAGCUGUUUGAAGUUGAAUCUACUUUAAGAAAAUGUCAACAAAAAUUCUUUACAUCUAAAUUAAAACUGGCACAAAACAAAUCUAAAUCAAGAUAUUUUAAUUCCCUGUAUUAGCUAUAUAUUACAUUAAGAACAGGGGUUCUUCAUAUAAAAUAAUGAACUUGGCUAGAUUCUUAAUCUGGUGUACAGAGUAUUGCUAUAAAAUGCAACUAAUAUUAAGUAGACUUGCUAUCAUUUAAACUUUCAAAUAAGUAUUGACUGUUUUAGUAUUUUGGAAAGAAUAUUUUUCCAAGUAUUCUUUAUACACUCUUAAAUAUACUUACUUAUGACAAAACACUAGAAAACACACACACACAUUUCACUUAGGCAAGGCCGAAUAAGUGUUGAGGGAAUAGAGUGUGAAUCAAGCAAUAUAAUAUUUUGAUUGGGUACAGAUCACUUACCUGUUUUCUUGGCAGGCUUAUGUACCAGUGUUAAGAUUGUUCCUAGAAAAUGUUUUCCUGUUCUCAAUAAUCAAAACACAAUCAGACAGGACCUUCAAGGAGACUUCACCCAGGAAGAUACUUAGUUCAGAAUUUUGACUUCUCUACUGAUAUCAAUAAGUUGUUUUAUAGUUUUUGAACACUUUCUUUUAAUACAUUUUGAAGUAGUCCAUGUCCCCUUUACCUGGUACCUCAGUCCACUUGACUUUCUCUUUUCUUAGGGUGUAGCCUAAGAAGAGAAAAUGCAUUGUGAUUAUUCUGCAGUCCAUGCACUCUGACCCAGGGAGGGACUUAGUCACUGCUAAGUAGUUGGCUUUCUAAAAAUACAGUUUUUAUGUUAGCACUUUAAAGACAAUCAAGGAUUCAUAAAUUUAUACCAAAAAUUAGAUGAAAAGAAGUCUACUUUAUGAAAAUUGUCCUUUGAAAAUGGCCCCACACAGUAGUAAAGCAAGCAUAGAUCAGCCACAGAACAGAAAGUAAUAUUUCUAACUUUAUUUUGAAUGAUUUCUAAAAUGCAGGCAGCUAGGAUCAUAGAACUAACAAACAAGCCGUUACUGAUUUGGACUAUUUAGUUCUUACUUAGAUAUCUCCCAGAUUUUCAGUUUGUUUUUGUGAUUUAUGCUUGUCACUGGUUUUAUUUUAUAGGCACAGUUUGAUUAAAACAAUUUAGUUUUAAUAAGUUUUCUAAAACAGGAUUUAAUUUACCUGUCUUGAGGCAUAGUGUUUUAACUUAGGAAAUUAACAAACUGCGAAUACACUCCAUUUUCAAAAUUGAAUCCUCCCAUAAGAAGGAAUUAAGAUAUAAUAGUUUAAGUUUAAUUGAUAACAAGAUACAAUCUACAAUCUCAUGGAGUCUGAAUAAAGGCAUCUCAAGAGUUAGUACUAGCCUUGGAGGAAAUUUGUAGUGGGGAGACAAAUGAAACUUGUGCUAAUUAGUAUUUACUUUUUUAAUUUUGUUUUUCAGGAAAUUUUCCUUAAGAUACCUUCUAGGGUUAAAAGUUACAAUACUAGUAUCACAUUGGAAACAAGGUAGGCAAACAGCACAAGUUAGCAUUUUGCCAUUUUUUUGAACUACAGUGUAGUACAAUGACAUCUGCCUGGAAUGAAAUUUAACCUAAAAUCUAAAUCUGUAUAAAAUUUUUCUUAGAUAAUGAAACCUUUUAAUUAUGCUUUUGUGUAUCAAAUGUUUAUUAUCUCAGGAAAUGUCAUGUGGUAUGAACAUUAUCUGUCUUUUCAAAUUGAGCUAAUUCUAACUCAGUCACAUAUAGCAGACAGUAAGUUAUCAAAACGAAAGACCCUCAUGACUUGUGCAGAUAAAAUUAGUUGACUCAAGGGCCUAAUAGCUGUCUUUUCACGUGAUGUCGGAACAGUUAAAUAACUUUAUUGAAACAGUAAGUUUUCAGUGGCUUCUACUUUUAAAGUUUGACUUGACUAAAGAAGAAAUACCUGUUUGUUUUUUUUUUUUAGUAUGGCUCUUAUUUAUAUUUAACAUAGGAGUCAAUAGCUAAUAACAGUAUUACACCUGAAUGAAAUUUAUUUUGGUUUUGACAGUUUUUAAAACUAAAUUAGGCUUUUUAAAAAUAAACAAUGAAAGCAUUGCUAAUGUGAAUGUUGUGCAUUUCCAAUUUACCAGUGAGUUUAUAAAUUAAUCCUGUCAUUUGUAAAGGAACUGCUUUAUUGGGAGAAUGUUUCUUAAAUGCCAGCAACAGUAGUUGAGUACUUGGAUUGCAUUUUUACAUAGCUUAGUGUAGCUUAGACGUACCUUUACUUUGGAUGUUGACAUUCUCUUAUGUAGAUUUCUAUCCCUUAUAGACUCAUAAUUCCUAUGAAAAGCAGUUCUCAUAACCAUGCACACUCAGACUACAUACUUUGAAACUGCUGAUAGCUGUAGCUCCUAGACAUAAAGCUAAUUCAUUUUAUUUCCACUUUUGACAGUCUUUUUGAAGUGUUCACAAACCAAGACAAACUUAUCUCCUCUAUAGUAUAAAGAAUAAAAUGUCCAACUUUUGCCCCCAAAUGCUAUUGGUGGUAAUUGCUAUAUGGUUAUAUCAUACAUUUAAUCAUGUAGGGGGAAGAUUUGGGGUUUUUUAUGUAAAAGAAAUACUGAAUAUAAUAAAGUAGUUUCAGAUCAGUAAGUCUUAAGCAACACAGUUGCAGAUGUAUGCAGAGAGAACCUUUUGUGCCUUUUGCCUGCAGUAAACAUUUUUCUAUAUUACAUGAGCUAUAAGAAUACUGAUGAUUAUUGCACCUUGUUGUACUGUAAAUAGACUUGAUUAAGGAUUUUCUCUAAGCAAGGAUCAAUUUUUCCUUAACAGGUAGAUGACUUAUAAAAGUGAAGGUAAUUUUCAGAUACAUGUCUUUGGAUUGCAGUCUUUUCUGUAAUAGUGAGCAGGAAACUCCUUUAAAAUGUAUUCAUUUGUGUGUACAUAUAUCUAUAAGUAGUUAUUUAAAUACCUACAUGUAAAAUUCAGCAUUGUGCUGGUGUAGUGACAAGUACUAAGGUGCUCAAAGUCAACAAGCACAGCAAAGCGUGUCAUCAUCAGUCACCAGGACUGGUGGGUGUGUAUACUAGGUUCAGUUUUUGAACCACUUGGAAUACCUCAUGUGUAAAUACAGUGUUCAUAAUUUAAAUGAAAUACAGUUAUUAUAUUAAAAAAGAAUGUGAAGCCACUGGUUGGCUUAUGCCUUCUAAUUUGUCAUUUUUGCCUCCUAUUUUGUAAAAGGGUUGUUUUUUUUAAAUAGGGUUUACAGCUAGAAAUUUGAAUGCCAAAGUUCUAUUUAUUUACUAAGAAAAAAUUUUUCGAUGUUAAUGGCUAGUAUUUUUCCACUGGACUAUUGUUUGUUGAUGUUGGAAUUUGUAUUUAUGAAGAAAUAAAUUUUUUAUAAAAUUA